AUGGAGUUUCAAAAGAAGGCACCUUUUGAGCCCGAGGAGUUUCCUCCGGGAUCGCCACCCGUAAUCCGCGAACGUUGCGGCGAAGUUACCUGGUUACCUAUGUGCCGCCACACAUGCACGUUUGAGACUCAGCAUUUCGACAAGAUUAUGCUCAACCUUGUUGAGAACCCAAAUCUCAACUCUAAGUGGUUGUUUCGUGCAGAUGUUCUCUUCGACGAUGACUGUCAGAACCCUGCCCCUGAAGCUGACGGUGCCAUCCAAAGCCACCCUCGGGUUCUCGACUUCCAAGGAUUCAGCCGGCAAAGAACCAUUGUGCGCCGAUUGAUACCCCGAAACACACUUCGCGAUGCUCCAUUAGACCAGACAUGCUCCUUCUAUCAAUCAAUUAGUCACGAGGAUGAAGAAGCUGACGGGGAAGCCACCCUGUCAAGAUCACUGGUCGUGUAUAUACCACAUACCUCCUCUGCUGCAGACCUACCCUUCUAUCACCCAAAGGUCAAGGGUAUCAGCCAGCUUCAUGAAUGGGAUGUAGCCACCAACACAGGCACCAUCUCCGUUCACUUUGCACUCUUUGAACCUGAGACAGGCGAGGAAGAGGUCGACCAAGUCAAAUUGGGGAGGAUCGCUUACCAUCUUCUCCAGACCAUCCACAAACAUGGUCACAGCACCGCUAGAGGCUACGUCAAAAGAGUUCAUCACGAUGUCAUUGUACCCCGAGAGAGGUUUCAGGAUAGGUACUCUGAACUCAAAAACAAAUACGCCAGAGCUCUUGUCAAGUCCUGGCUUGAGACUACAGAUCCUGCAAAACAUGUGUUCGAGGAUCUGGGUAUCGCAGCAUUUCUGAUUGAGCUAUGGAAAGAGAUGUACCACGAUGGGGACUUUCCAGGGUUUGUGGACAUCGGCUGCGGAAAUGGGUUACUGGUUCAUAUCCUUAGGAUGGAAGGAUAUGUUGGUUGGGGUUUCGAUGCCCGCGAGCGAUCACUCUCUGGUAACUCCCUUCAGAGAUUGCUCUUACUUCCCAGUGUCAUUCCCAAGAAGGCGGCGAGUGAUGAUACUAGAGUAGUCAACUCUGAAGACAUUCAUGACGGCCUCUUCCCCAAAGGCACAUUCAUAAUUUCUAACCACGCCGACGAGCUGACACCUUGGACACCAAUUCUUGCCGCCAUAUCUCAAUGCCCGUUCAUCAUGAUACCAUGUUGCAGCCACAAUCUUACAGGAGACAGAUGGCGAGCACCUCCGCCCCGAGACAAGACCAAAUCAAAAAGCUUGGUCGGCCGAGAGAACACAAGGCAGGUUGAAGAGGUCGAUAUACACGGGAUACUGCAGAAGUACGGAGGAGUACAAGGGUAUUACGACAAUGUUGUCAAGCUGCUCAAAUCGUCCCCCAGAGGACACUGA